CAGCCAUGUAUUCAAAGAGACUACGGGUAUGGGUCGACAGUCUGUGUCUGUAAUCUAACACAUUGUGAUGAUUUCGAUGCACUCAAGAUCACCGCCAAAGGUGUGGUCACUGUCUUCGAGACGAGUAAAAGUGGCGAUCGGUUGGAGAAAACAGAAUUCAAAUUUGGAGACAAUUCUGGGUUUAAAGCAAACAAAGCGCAGACAAUAACUAUCGAUAAAAGUAAAGGCGUUUAUCAGAAGAUUGUGGGCUUUGGGGGCGCCUUCACAGACUCCGCCGGACUUAACAUGAAAACUCUUCCCGAAAAACUACAAAACCGUAUAAUUAGUGACUAUUUCUCUAAAUCUGGAAUUGAGUACAAUUUGGGACGCAUUCCCAAGGAGAAAACAGAAUUCAAAUUUGGAGACAAUUCUGGGUUUAAAGCAAACAAAGCGCAGACAAUAACUAUCGAUAAAAGUAAAGGCGUUUAUCAGAAGAUUGUGGGCUUUGGGGGCGCCUUCACAGACGCCGCCGGACUUAACAUCAAAACUCUUCCCGAAAAACUACAAAACCGUAUAAUUAGUGACUAUUUCUCUAAAUCUGGAAUUGAGUACAAUUUGGGACGCAUUCCCAUCGGAGGUUCAGACUUCUCAACCCAUGCCUACAGUUAUGACGACAAUAAUAAAGACGACUUUGAUUUGAAACACUUUAGUUUGGCGGAAGAAGACCUUGAUUAUAAGAUUCCGAUAAUUAAAAAAGCCAAACAAAUUAACAGCGAUUUGAGAGUAUUUGGCAGUCCUUGGUCACCACCUGCCUGGAUGAAAAAUAAUUCAGAACUAAACCAUGGUGGAUACCUAAUAGGAGAGCCUGGUGGCAAAUACUAUAAAGCAUUCGCAAACUACAUUGUUAAAUUUUUAGACUCAUAUAAAGCAUCGGGAGUUCCUGUAUGGGGCAUAACCAUAGAGAAUGAGCCAUAUGCAGCAUCAUUAUUACCCAACUUUCCCUGGAAUAGUCUGAGUUUCACUCCAGAACUUGAACGGGAUUUCAUCAAAAAGGAUUUGGGACCCACUCUGGAGGCGGCCGGUUAUGGUGUCAAUACAACCCAACUUAUGAUAUGCGAUGAUCAGAGGGAAUGGGUUCCCACGUGGGCUAACACUAUAUACACCGAUAAAGAUGCGGCCAAAUAUGUGUCUGGAUUGGCGUUUCACUGGUACAUAAAUACUGAUAAAAAUGUCCUAAACUUGGAUGUCGUACAUAAUACCGAUCCCAGCAAAUUCAUAUUGUCUACGGAGGCCUGUGAGGAUUAUAGGGGUAAAGAACAGCACGUAUUUCUGGGCAGUUGGCAGACAUUUGAGAGAUACGCUAAAGAUAUUAUUGUCGAUUUAAAUCACUGGACGUCUGGUUGGGUUGAUUGGAAUAUGGCGUUGGAUACGGAGGGCGGACCCAAUUGGGCGAAGAACUUCGUUGACGCACCCGUUAUAGUGAACGCCACGAGUCAGGAGUACUAUAAAAAUCCCAUUUUCUACGCUAUGGGACAUUACAGCAAAUUCUUGACCCCUGGAUCUCAACGGGUGUUUCAAACACAAGAACCCUCUGUUGACACACUGUUGUCAACUACUUUUGUGCGACCGGACGGGGGAACUGUAUUCUUCGCCCAAUUGGGUCCGCCCUCCGUAUCCAACGCCAUAUUCCAAUCAACCCAACCAGACGUCCAGUGUUUCAAAUCC